GAUAGAGGGAGAAGGGAUUUUGGGACAAAAACUGAUCUUUCUUCAAUCCUGGAGAAAGAGAAUUGGUCAGAUUUGAUACAAUAUUUUUUAUUUUUAUAAAUAUAAAUGAGAUUUAAGGAAGUGAUUGUAUCUGUUUUAGAGGCAGACCUGAUGCUGAAAGCCAUCUCAAACUACAAUAAAAAUAAAUAUGAUAAAUGCUUUACUUAUUGGAGUCAUUUAAUAAACAUAGAAUUAAUUUGUGUGCAUUGUGUUGCAUUCAUUUUGCACCGCAAUCUGAAAGUAAUGACUGUUUCUGUCUGAAAGUCCUGACACGCUGUCAAUCGAGCGGCAUAUAAAUCGUCCAAUCAAAUACCCCCAGUUAACUUCAAUGCAGCCAAUCGACAUAGCCGGGGGGGCGGGCCUUGUUACCGGUCACAGAAAUAUCGCAGCCAGGUGCGAUGGAUCAUUUUGCACAACACGGACUCAGGUAGGCCCACGUGCUGAGUUUAGUUCACCUGCAGAACACGGGAUGAAUUUAAGAGAAACACUUUUUGUUUAUUCCUGUCAAAGUGCUGUUCCGGUUGGUGUCUGUUGUCCGGUAGUUUUUAAGCAGAAUACAUGAGAAGAGCUGCCUGUUGUCUGCAUUGUGAACUCCGCUUGAAACGUAAGAUGUUCGACUCAGACAGGUGAGAGAGAUGCAACAUGGGCGGGAAUGGACCAAAGUGUGACACCAGGAAGCCAAAGAGUCAGCUGUCAUGUCACAAAGCGACCUGCAUCGGCUCCUCCGCCCGGAGCUGAGCCCCCGUUGGAGGAGCGAGUGUGAAACGGGACCCCGCCAGCCUCCAUGGCUCACUCGUCAGACCCGUCCCGCAGGGAGAAGACCCCCGGGACCCAAGGGUCACACACGGCUGCACGCAACCUCUUACGGAAGAAGGAGCAGCGGCGGCGAGGAAUCCGAUCCUGCUCACCCAUGGGCCGGGUCAUCCUCAUCAACUACCCUGUGGACGGUGGCGACGACAGCGAGGACCUCCACACGAUCACAGUGGAUAAGAGUGUGGACGGCAAGCUGGGCUUCAGCGUGCGCGGAGGCUCAGAGCACGGCCUCAGCAUCUUCGUCAGCAAGGUGGAGGACAACAGCACAGCAGAGGAGGCCAGCCUGCUCGUAGGGGAUAAACUGGUGGAGGUGAAUGGCGUCAGCCUGGAGAGCAUCACGAUGAGCAGCGCUGUGAAGGUCCUGACGGGCAACAACAGGCUGAGGAUGGUGGUGAGGCGUGUUGGCAAAGUCCCCGGCAUCCGCUACUCCAAGGAGAAGACUACCUGGGUGGAUUUGAUACAGAGGCGUAUGGUGGUGGAGGAGAGCGGACGGACACCUUCGGAUGCCAGCUCGGGGAGCGCCCUCCAAAGGAUCGUCCACCUUUCCACCACCUCCGACGACUACUGCCUGGGCUUCAACAUCCGGGGGGGGAAGGAGUUUGGUCUGGGCAUCUAUGUCUCCAAACUGGAUCCUGGUGGUCUGGCUGAGCAGAAUGGGAUAAAGAUGGGGGACCAGAUCCUGGCUGCCAAUGGCGUGAGCUUUGAGGACAUCAGCCACAGUAGUGCUGUGGAGGUGCUGAAGAGCCACACGCACGUCAUGCUGACCAUCAAGGAAGCAGGACGAUACCCUGCUUAUAAAGAGAUGGUGGCGGAAUACAGGUGGCUCAAUAAGCUCGCCAACGGUACUCAGAAAUCUUCCUCCCAGGGGUCAGAAUCCAACUCCUCCGCCUCUUCUCUGUCAUCCGGGACGCCGGUCAGCUCUCUGAGCGGCCUGUCGCAGGUCAUGUUCCCUCCCAGCAUGCCGUUUGGGUCCGACAUGGUGGAUGUCUGCAUCUCUACUGAGGACCAGAGGUUGGAGUCAGGCCGAACUGAGACCGCCAUGCAGACGGACCUUCCCUCUCAGAGGACGGCUGCAGAAACCACCUGCAGCCUGGGACGAACCACUCUGCUCAGAGACACGGUGAUCCACGGGGAGGGCAGCGGGAGGCAAGAGUCCACCAAGACGGCCGUGCUGCUGGCUCUCAGCCGACCGAGCCGACCGAUCAGCAGGUCCCAGAGCCAAGUCACCGUGGCAGAGAUCAAGCAGAAGAAAGAGAAGAAGCAGAAAGGGAAGCAGCCGGAGGAGAAGAGCACGCUGCAGCGCUCGAAGACCUUCGUCAACUUGCUGUUCAAGGGCGGACGCAAGAGGGACACUUCCAAGGGCCGCUCCAAGUCCCCGUCCACAAGCAAGGCCGGCAAAGGGGGACGUCAGGUCAGUGCGAUGCCAAAUUCAGAGAUGCUGGGAGCGGUGGAGGACAUGGCCCGCCGGCUGCUGACCGAGGAGGAGGUGGCUGCUGUGAUGAAGACGUGCCGAAGGUACGUGGCAGAGCGGUCAGUGGAGAACUUGAUACGCCACCUGCUGGCCGUGCUGGACCGACCGGAGAAGCUGCUGCUGCUGAGGGAAGUCCGGAUGCUGCUUCCUCCUCCUGAUCUGAGUGCAUUCAAUAACAUGGUGACACCUGUCGAAGUCGAGGCCUACGACAUCCUCAAGUAUCGUUCAAUCCAAACUCCUCCUCUUCGCUCACCCACAUCCGGUCGAGCACCCAAGCGGCGCCUCAUCACUCCCAUCCCGGAUUUCAGAGGAGGCUUUGAGCUCCACAAUGCUGAGGAGGUGGAGAAGGAGAGCCACCUACUGGAUGAGCUGGAGAAGCUCAGCGUGUCUGGGCCCCGGGGGUCCGGGCAGAGGCCCCGUCCCUCCAGGUUCUUCACCCCGCUGCUGGACAUACCAGUGGACGGAUACGACACAGACCUCCGACCCCCCUCUGCCAGCGCCAUGCUCCCCAACUGGCUGCUGGCCCGCGGCCCGGACCCCCGUCCUCCUCUCCGGACAGACAUCGGCACCAUUCGCUCUGUCCACUUCGACGAGGUUUCACUUCACUCAACCUCAGACACGACCUCAGAGAGGGGAAGGUCCCCGUUUAGAAACGGCCACUCCAAAGGGAAAAAGGAGAGAAGUGGAGACCGGAGUAAAGAAACCGUGUUCACGCUGCAGAGCGCUGCUCGCAGGAGUCGGCCCUCGUUGUCGCAGGUGUUCAGAACGAGUCCAGGUCAGCGAGUCGGGAGCGAGCAGAUGAACGGGCAUCAGGCCUCUGAGAACGGACUCAACGGCUCUGAGCCUGAACAGGAGUACGAGCUCAAAACAGUCAGCAUCUCCAAGACCAAACAGUCUCUGGGCAUCAGUAUAUCUGGCGGGAUGGAGUCGAAGGUUCAGCCGGUGGUGAAGAUCGAGAAGAUCUUUCCUGGAGGAGCUGCCUCCACCUGUGAAGUGCUCAAGGCUGGAUUCGAGUUGGUGUCUGUGGACGAAGUCUCGCUGCAGGGCGUAACCCAUCUGCACGCUGUCGACGUCAUCCGGAAAGCCUUCAGCCACAAGGCCAAAGACCCCAUGGUGUUCGUGGUCAAAGUCCCGAAAAACAUUUUGAAAGGAGACUGAGACUACGGUCGUGACUUUAGACUCGCGCUCUGUGAUUUAGCUUCUGGGACUAAACACGGAGACGGCCUGAACACACUGAUCUGAGGUCAGGUAUGCCAUUCGUGUUCAAGUUGGGAAUAAUUACAUGGACUCUGGUGAGUGUUGAGCAACUAAGCUGAUCACAGGACUUGAGGAUUAUGCACAUGAAUGACUAUAUGAGAGGAAUAUUGUCAUGGAAUUACUCAAAGUAAACAAGACAUUUACAGUAAAUUCAAUUUGUAUCCAGAAAUCAUCAAAAUAUGGUGCUCCUGAUGCCUUAAAUUUCACUUUAUUACAAUCCAGGAACAAAUGGCUCUCAAAAAACAUUCUAUGCAUUAACAUCCUCUCAAAAGCAGUAGUGCAGCAGUGUUUGUUUAAAUAUGCAGGAUGACGCACUGUAACCUGCUUGCCUUUUUAAAAGCUCCAUGUUGUUGACUCAAAGUUUACAUUUUGACCUGCAGAGGGCGACGUGAGAUGUUCAGAAACAUUUCUGCUCUCUAAUGUCGGAUGUGUUGAAGGCUUCACUAAACCACAAACCUUAAAACAUCGACUCAAUGUUAAGGAGAUGAGAACAAUUAACCCACGUCGUCAUCGGAGAGAAUUACGAUCAUUGUGUUACAAAGAGAACCGGAGAGAACAAAUCUGAAUGUACCACACAGCUUUGAAAUGUCUUUUUUUUAAUUAAAAGCAUUGUAGGUUUGUUCAACAGAUA